UCACUGCGUUGGACUGGCUGAACUAAGGAGACACUUUGAUAAUCCACAGAUGAACCAUGCCUCCAUUGAACUUAUGUGGGUCGAAGUGGAGACUGGUGCUGGGCUCUCUCCUUGUUUCAGCCCUGAUCUUUGAGUUAGAUGCUCAAGGACAGAAGACCACUUUAAGAACCAAACCUAAACUUGGAAGAUCGACAAAUAAAGAGGCAAAACCUGCGAGAACAAAACCAAAACUCAAACCUUCACCUUCACCCCAGGCACAGACCUCCAUAACACAGGUGCUGAAAAGAGGUAAGUUUCAGAAAGUGGGAGAGACCCUGAGUGUGCAGACAGGAGAAACUUUGGAGCUGAGGUGUAGAGGCAAACCUGUGCAGUGGAGCGUCCCCCCUUAUCUGGAGGAAGAUGAUGAUGGAAGACUCAGGAUUGUCCAACAGGAGCGAUAUAACGUCCUGACCUUGGUCAACACGACAGGUGCGGACACUGGAGAGUACAUCUGCUACCCAAUGUUCUGCGAAGACCAAGACUGCAGGAAGGAGUACAACAAAGCAGCCAAAGUCUUCAUCUUUUUUCCUGACCCACAGGAAUUAUUUGUUCCCUCGUCUAACUACUACGAGAUGAUUCAGCUGAGGAGCAACUGGCCGACAGUCCUCCCCUGCCAGGUGACGUCACCGGAAGCACAAGUGACCCUGUACCGUGAGUUCCCACCGGCGCAGGUGGCGGUGGACGGGACAGAGAUCUCUUUUGACGUCAAGAAGGGCUUCACCAUCCAUCGACCUCGGCCUUUCCAUGCAGGGGUCUUGUACUGUGUGGCCGGUUUGGGCAGCCUGAGGCAGAGUUCCAUCAAGUACAUACUCAUCUACGUUAACUAUCCCAUGGCUCCUCCUGCUCCGGUGAUCCAGGCCUCAUUGAGCACGGUGGCUGUGGGGGAGAACCUGCACGUCACCUGCACGGUGGUGGGAGAACAGGACGUGAACGUAGAGUUCACCUGGGAAUACCCGGGACAGCAGAUUGGGAGGCCUCUGUACACUCAGGAGAGCAUCAGCCGGGUCAGCGGAGGGGGCCCCCGACAGCAGUCUCAGUCUGUCCUUCUGGUGGACGAGGUGAGAGACGUGGACAAGGGGACGUACACCUGCACCGCUGAGAACCUGCAAGGAGCCAAAUCAGUGUCCACCACAGUUAAAGUGCUUCCCAAAGCUAAAACCAAGAGACCGCGAAUAUAACGUGCAGGAAGACAUCUCUGGC